AUGGCUGUCAUUGUUACCCUGCUCCUUGUUUUAAUAACCUUCCUGUGCACGUCACAGUACUCCGAGGCACGAUCUUUCGUUAUAGAUUACGAGAACAACUGUUUUCUCAAAGAUGGCAAACCUUUUCGUUACAUUUCUGGAUGCUUCCAUUACUUUAGGGUGCCCCGUUUCUAUUGGAAAGACAGACUGUUGAAAAUGAAAGCAGGCGGUUUGAACGCGGUCCAGACUUACAUCGCUUGGAAUAUUCACGAACCAGUUUAUGGCCAGUUCAACUUUGAGGGUGAUGCAGAUCUUGUGAGUUUUAUAGAAAUGGCGAACAACCUCGGGCUUCUGGUCAUCAUCCGAGCUGGUCCUUAUAUUUGUGCAGAAUGGGAGUUUGGCGGGUAUCCCCCUUGGUUGUUAAAGAAAAAUUCGUCGAUCAUUUUAAGAUCGACGGACAAUAAGGAAUACCUGUUCUAUGUUGAGUCCUGGAUGAGCGCACUUUUACCAAAACUCAAGCCAUUGCUUUACUCGAAUGGAGGACCCAUCAUAUCUGUCCAAGUUGAAAAUGAAUAUGGAUAUUAUUUUGCCUGUGAUCACGCAUAUCUACAGUUUCUCGAACAGGUUUUCCGUGAACACCUUGGUAAUGACGUAAUUCUGUUUACUGUAGAUGGUGACAGCGAGUCCCUUUUAAAGUGUGGCUCUAUCCCCUCUCUAUAUGCCACAAUAGAUUUUGGUUCUAAAACCGACCCAGAAAAAGCAUUUUCAGUUAUGAGAAAAUACUCCCCCAGGGGGCCACUUGUAAACACUGAAUUUUACCCAGGGUGGCUAGAUGUGUGGAGUGUACCUCAUCAAACAAGGUCUGCAGAAAUUGUUGCUAAGACAUUUGACAAGAUGUUAUCAAUGAAUGCGUCUGUCAACUUUUACAUGUACAUGGGAGGUACAAACUUUGGUUUCAUGAAUGGUGCAGGGUACGAUCAAGUAAAAGGUUUAUUGCCGAGUAUUACAAGCUAUGAUUAUGAUGCUCCUUUGACAGAAGCUGGUGAUACAACCACAAAGUUUCACAUUUUGCGAGAGAUAAUUUCCAAGUACGAGAAAAUACCUGAGAUUCCCAUCCCACCAAACACCACAAAGUUUGCAUACGGUAAAGUUCAAAUGACCCAAAUUUCAACCUUCCUUGAUGCUGUGCCAAAGCUUUCUGCUCCUCAUGGCCCCGUGAAUUCAACAUUUCCUUUGACCAUGGAAAACCUUGGACAAAGCUAUGGAUUCAUUCUUUACCAAACAGAAAUUCCUGUAGAGUUUGCUCAGUCAACUGUUGUCUUAAAUAUCAGUAGUUUAGCACGUGACCGGGCCAUUAUUUUUGUAGGAAAAAUUCGCAAAGCGGUAUUGUUCCGUCAUCCUGGAGAUCAAGCUGUUGUUCUGAACAUUGGGAUCUUUUUACAGCUUGAUGUGCUAGUUGAGAAUAUGGGUAGAUGCAAUGGUGGUCUGGCGGAGCCUAAAGGAAUCCUGGGAAAUAUUACCUUAAAUGGUAAAGUCCUUAUGAACUGGCAGAUUUAUUCUGUUAACUUAGAUAAUCUGUUUUCAGGUGCUUUUGACUUUCCUUGGAAUCCUGAUAAAAAUAUUAGUGGUUUAGCUAACAAGGAUUAUGAUUUUGCUCCUUCUUUUUUCUAUGGAGAAUUUCCUGUAAAUUCCUCAUACGACACAUUUCUCCACCUGCCUGGAUGGAGUAAAGGGCAAGCAUUUGUAAAUGGUUUUAAUUUGGGUCGCUACUGGCCUGUGAUUGGUCCACAAAUCACUCUGUUUGUACCAGCAAAUGUAAUAUCACUCAAGCAGAAAACUGCCAGUGUUCUGAUAUUUGAGUUGGAUGGUGCUCCAUGUGAACUUCCAGAAUCUUGUUAUGUUGAAUUUGUGUCAACUCCAUCUAUAAAUGGAACUGUUCACCCCAUAUCAAAAUGA